AACAUUUAUAAUUAUUUGUUUUUUUUUGGAGGUCGAAUCAGAACAGUUAAUAAUUUUUUCAAAAGGCCUUAUAUAAUUAUAACCAUUUUAUUGAUUUUUGUUCCUGGGUUGUUAUAUUUUAUAUUUUUAUCCAAGUGGUAUUGGAAUCAUAUAUCUCCAAUAUUAGUGGUUUUUUUCGCUUACUGUUGGCUUAUUUGUUUUUUUUCGUUUUUUAAGGCUUCAACAACGGAUCCUGGUGUAUUACCAAGAAAUUUAAAUAUAACAGACAAUUUAUUUCAAUUACCUGAUGAGUAUUUUAAUACAAUUAAUUUACCGGCUAGAUCUUUGUUUUAUUCAGAUAAUUUACAUCAUAAUCCAAAUUUUCAAAAUAACUCAACUAAAAACAUGUUUUCCUUGAAAAACCCCUCCCUCUCUGUUAAAUAUUGUUCAACUUGUAGAAUCUGGAAACCACCAAGAAUUAGCCAUUGCAGUGUUUGUGACGCUUGUGUCAUCAAUAUGGAUCAUCACUGUGUUUGGUUAAAUAAUUGUGUUGGCUCAAGAAAUUAUUUUUAUUUUUUCAAUUUU